CCGCUCGCACCGCCGCCACCUACCCUUUCCUCCUCCCACGCGCAUCCUAGCAACCGGCGGCGGCAGGCGGAAGGCGAACAAGAAGGCGGCGACGAUGGGGCACUCCAACGUCUGGAACUCCCACCCCAAGAACUACGGGCCCGGCUCCCGCGUCUGCCGGGUCUGUGGAAACUCCCAUGGACUGAUCAGGAAGUAUGGGCUGAUGUGCUGCAGGCAGUGUUUCCGCAGCAACGCCAAGGACAUUGGCUUCAUCAAGUACCGUUAAUUCACCUGUUCCUGCUACCCUGAAGUGAAGCUGAUCAGGGAUGAAGGAUUGGAGCACUUAAUAGAAUGCUUAAUUUCAAUUCCAGUAAUGUUUGCUCGUGGUUUUAUGUUUUGAUGGAUACUGAAUGAUGUAAUUGUUGAACAUGAGUUAAUUACCCAUGGAGAAGUCUUUUAUCGUUCUGUUGUCUGUGUUUGUCCCCUCUCAUUGUCAUUGUUAGUUAUAAGUACUUGUUUUUUUAUUAGAACAUAUUGGGUCAAUGGCUGUAACAGACCAGCAACCUAGCAAAUAAGCUUAUUUCAUA